AUGCGCUUUUGGGAAAUGAAGAUGAGAACUGAAAACUGUUACCACUUUCCCACACUGCCAACUCAUGAAAAUGUUGAUUAUAAAAGGUCCCCAGGUAACCUUCAAAAGGUACUUAUUGAACUUCAGGAAGAUUUGUCGGUAAAAUGUAAAUCUGAAGAAAUAAACCUGGUCGAAUGUUAUAAAACUUAUUUGACCGAAGAGAAAUAUCUGCAACUGAGAUCAUUUGCAAGAAGGGAAAUUUGCCUUUUUGGAAGCACAUACAAGUGUGAACAACUUUUUUCUCUUAUGAAAACAAAUAAAUGCAACAUAUGUACAAGGUUAACAGACAACAACCCGGAAAAUACGUUAAGACUCAGUAUAGGUGAUAUAAAUCCAGAUAUCAACAACCUUGUGCUAAAAAUUCAAACUCGGAGCUCACAUUAA